AGGAAGCAAGCGGGACCAAUAGAAAGAGACAGGGAGUUCAACAUAAAUUCAACGAGCAAAGUGCGCAGAAAAAAACAAACAAUUGAAAUUGAAAACGUUACGCAUGCGCCGCUUUUCCGAUCAAACUUGACUUUGUGGGGGCUUUCCCUGGAAAUCCGCAUAUACUAUGAUUUGGUAUUGCAGCUGCUGUUUCUGUCGCUCGACUUUCAAACCUAUCGAAUAUCAAAGCGAGGCAGCAAGAGAUAAAGCAACACAGCUUGGAAGCUGAAAAUGAAAAUCGCAAUUGGAAACGUGAGGUUGAAAUGCAGUUCCCUUCUCUCCACUCAAACCACCCAACGCAUCCAAAUCCACAUCCACGCAUCUUUUCCGUUCAGUGAGCAUCUCACCCAUCUCAGCCGAUGAAAUUGAAUCUGCUCCGGCUGCAAGGCAAUAAAAGUGGGCGCCUGACCAGAGAGAUGCGUCACAAGUCGGUCGACAGCCAGCGCACUCAUAAGUUAUGGAGCCAUGGAUCUGGAUAUCCUGAAUCAGCACUCCUCAUCCAACAUUCCCAGGAUCGCCAUUUGGGGCACAUGGAGCCUGCUGCUGGUAUCGAACUUCGCCGGCUGUCAGGCCGUUCCGGGCGGAAGCAGCGGGGAGCGUGUCCAUAUCCGACUCCACAUGCCGGAGGUGGUGCGUCAGCAUACGCAUUUCCACAACGUCUACAAGUUGCCGCGGAAAAUUCACCCGGUUCCCGUACCGCCACCCACAACGAUCGCAACGAUACAUCCGAAAUUUGCGGGAAAACCUCAGGUUCAACUUUUGGGUUAUACAACGGCAGUUGGGAGUACCGGACCAAUGGCUCCCAAUCUGAUGCAACUGAUGGGCACGGCAGCCACGCCCACUCUCAUGCCUACGCCCAGCAAUAUGGCGCCCAACUAUGGACCAGCUUUAUUCGAUAAUUACAAUCUGGAGUCGGCUUUAAGUGCAACAACCACCACAACGACAAUGAGACCUCAGAUUUUAAAAACCUCUAAGCAGCAACAACAAUUGUUGCAACAAAUUUUCACACCUGAAAAACCAGAAGAGGAGGAUAAUUCUGUGGAGGAUAAUCAAUUGGAGAGCAAUUCUUUACUAAACAAUGAUUUUCUAGAAGCUCUGCAAAGGGAAUAUCUCUCAAGAUUCGGUGGACGACGAAAGCGAAAGAAAUCCAGUUCAAAAUUAAGGAAUUCAAACAAGGAAUAUUCGAAUUACUUUAGGAGUAAACCGAACUAUUAUCGAGAUGAAGAUUUGUCGGAGAACUUUGAAGACUACCAGGAUGAACAGCCACAGCAGCAUGAGGAUUACGAAGAAGUGAUGGUAAUGAGUACGCCCAAUAAACAUGGUGGUUAUUAUGCUACAGGAUCGGAGGAAAUGGAUCAGGAUAAUGCGCAGGGCUAUGAUAGUGCUGUGGCUUUUAGCGGCCAGGAUAAUAGCAUUUCAUCAUCCAUACCAACAAUAGAGGAUUUCCUGGAUGAUGCAAAUAAUCCAGUGUCUGGUUAUGAGGGAAACUAUGAUCCCUAUGGCAUCUCGAAUGAUAUGUUUUCCCAAUCCUGGCGGCCUUCUUCCACCAGCGCCACAAUAAACAACAGUUGGUCGAGACCCACCGCCAAUUCGUAUACCAAAUCCUCAAAGAAGCCAAAAUCAAGGCCCAAUAGAUCCAGAGGUCGAACUAAAGUUCGAUAUGUCAAGUUAGUUACGAGAAAGAAACGCAAAAACGACAUUCGCACCAAAAGAUAUCGACCAUAAUUUUAAAUUGCAUCUUUUAAAAGGGUUUAAAGUUACUUUUCUGUAGUUUUCUUAAUUUAAUAUGUUAUUUAUUUAUAAUAAGUUCAAAAAUGCUUUCUUGUUACUAUUUAAAUUGAUUUGGUAUUAAACGAAAGAAAAAUAAACAUUUUUGUAAUCACAGUUAAUUGAUUUUGAUUUAAAACUAUUUAUGUCUUACCCAUUUUAAUUAAUUAAUCUUAAGUAUCAUCAAUUGCUUUGUAAGCCCUUACCUGUAAUAAAAGAGAAUAAAAG